AUGGCUUAUGCUGCUGUAACUUCGCUUAAAGGAACACUCUAUCUACACUUCUUCCAAUCACAACCACACUUGCCUCUUCAACACAAACAAGAGAUAGUUAAUUCUCUCCAUGAAAAUCUUGGUUUCCUCCAAGAAAUUCUUGAGAAAUCUGAGAUCGCUGCCUAUGACAAUUCGGCGAUGAAACGUUUAGAGGCAGAGAUGAGAGAUGUAGCGUUCAAAGCGGAAGAAAGGAUUGAGAUGGAAUUGAGUAGCAUAUAUCUUCUUCAAUCAAGCAGUAUAGAGGAGGCAAGGCUUGAUGGAAUCUUCAAGCAAGCAGUAAAACAGACUGAUUACCUCAAGAAGAAGUUUAUUAAGAUUCAAAGUAAAGACCAGUUUGCAAAGGGUCCAUCAAUCCUCGGUAGGAUGCGACAAAGAGGACUACUCCUUGGUUCAACAUCAUCGCAGCCUGCUGAUCCAGAACGCGAGAAUAAUAUUACUACAGUAGAAUGCAUGGUUGGAUGUGACAAGGAAUUCAAGACGAUAUUGGAUAAGCUCACGCAACAAUCAGCUGAGCAGCUCCAAGUUGUAUCAAUCGUUGGCAUGGGAGGAAUAGGCAAGACCACUUUAGCUGGGGAAGUCUACAAGGAUCCAUCAAUUACCACUUAUUUUUACAAGCAAGCAUGGGUUACUGUAUCUCAAGAGUAUACCGUGGUGCAAAUGCUCAGAUGCCUUAUUGCUUGUGUUAGUGCAUCAAGUGAUGAACACAGCUGCAACGACAAAGGCCGAUUAGCAGAAACGUUACGUAAAUGCUUGAAGUAUCAGAGCUAUUUGAUAGUGAUUGAUGAUAUAUGGAGCACUACUGCUUGGGAUAGUGUGCAAAGAUGCUUUCCAGAUGAUAAUAAUGGAAGUCGUAUACUAUUAACUUCUCGGCUCAAAGAGGUGGCUGAAUAUGCAAGUUCAGGUAACUUUACCAUUAACUUGUCAUUCUUAAAUGCCAAUGAAAGUUGGAAUCUCUACUGCAAUUUGUAUGGUCAAACGAAAUUUCUUUCAGUGUUUGAGCAAAUUGGUAGAGACAUAGUGAAGAAAUGUAAUGGAUUACGUCUAGCUAUUGUUGUAAUAGCUAGUCUUCUCUCCAAGACAGAGGAGACAGUAGAGAAGUGGAAUAAUGUUGCAGAAAAUGUGAGUAGAUAUGUAAUUGGUUAUUCUAAUGACGCAUGUUCCAGAAUACUAUAUUUGAGUUACAACCAAUUACCACACCACUUAAAAGCUUGUUUUCUAUAUUUUGGACUUUUUCCCGAAGAUUAUGAGAUCAAUGUGAAGAAGUUGGCUAGGUUGUGGGCGGCAGAGGGAUUUUUGGGGGCAGAGGACCAUCAAAAUAGAGAGGAAGUGGCCAUGGAAUGCUUGCAAGAUCUUGUUGGUAGAAGUCUUGUUUUUGUUAGCAAACAAAGCUACAAUGGGAAAAUGAAGACAAUAAGAAUACAUGACUUGUUGCGUGAUUUGUGUUUGAGAGAAGCUCAACAUGAAAAUCUCUUGAAUGUAAUUGGAGAUAAAAAACUUCCAUUUUACAAAAAGAAAAUCUCUUGUCAUUGGAUAAGUGCUACAUCAGGGUUUGAUCUACUUCCUUUGACAAAGUGCUUUCACAAAUCACAUUCCUUACACUCUCUCUACCCUUAUUACUCUGUAAGUGUGGAACAUCAUCUAUUUUCACACUUCAAACUACUAAGAGUAGUAGACAUAGUAUGUGUAUCUUACCAAGGAUAUGGGGUACUAUAUGCACUUGCAAAUCUUAUUCAUUUGAGAUACUUAGCUUUGAGGCGGUAUUCAACAAAUGCUUCCACCGAAUAUUUUGAUUUAGAGUUCUUUGAGCAUUGGAAUAUGCAAUGCUUUAUUGUUUGUGGAGCUGAUGCUACAUUCCAUUCCUUUGAGGUAUCUGGAAUUUGGAAAAUGCCACUGUUAAGAAAUAUUUGCAUUGGACAUAUUGUUUCAUUAGGAACGUUGUCAGUUGUUCAUAGAAACUUAGAGAGUAUAUCUUGGUUAGAUCCUACGCUCUGUACAAAGGAUCUGUUUACAAGGGUUCCAAGUUUAAAAAAGUUGGAGAUUUAUAAUGGAUACAAUAGAAACAAUCUAGAUUGUUUUUAUAAUUUUGUGCACUUGAGGCAGCUUGAGGAGCUAAGCAUUAAAAAUUGGCUUGAUCUCUGUAUUCCAUGUUUCGGCAUCCCAUGGGCAACUGAUUUUCUACCAAAUCUUAAGAAGCUCAAAUUCUUCUGGACUAAUUUGAAAUUGAGUGAUAUGAGGCUUAUUGGUAUGUUGCCAAAUCUAGAGAUUCUAAAACUGAUAGAUGCUAGGAAAGACAGAAUGUGGGAGCCAUUCGAGGAAGGGUUCCGUCAAUUGAAAAGAUUGGUAAUUGAAGAUACAUUUUUGGAAUGUUGGAAUGCUGUGGGUGACAAUUUCCCUGUGCUAGAAUGUUUAGAGUUACGUGAUUGCAGGUCUUUGCAAAAGAUCCCAAGUGGUUUUGCCGAUAUCACCACACUAGUGCUGAUUCAGUUAAAGUGCUGUCGGGAUUCUGUUUUGGCUUCGGCAAAGUUGAUUCAAGAAGAGCAGUACAACAACUAUGGAAAUGCCCUCCUUGUUCCUUCAGAAAAUAUUAGGACGAAACGUGUAAACAACAGAGGAAGAAAUGGAUAUGGAGGAAGAGAGUGA